GCGGGCGGCAGGCCCGGAGGGAGGCGGCACGCAGCCCGGACCCGGUCGCGGCCCCUCCCGGCGGCCGGGGGGGAGCAGGGGGCUCGGGGCGCGGGCCUGAGCGCCUCCUCGGCUCUGCCCGCAGGUCCCGGGCGCAGCCCUCGCCCCGCUGCCGCCGCCCCGGGCCGGCCGGAGCGGGGAGGAGCCCCCCGAGGCGCCGGGCCCGCGCCCCCGACAUGGUGGGCCACCUGCAUCUGCAGGGCAUGGAGGACAGCCCCAAGGAGCGCGGCCGCGAGGGCCUGCUGGACAGCCCCGACUCCGGGCUGCCCCCCAGCCCCGGCCCCAGCCCGCCCUUCUACUCCCUGGAGCCCGGCCUGCUCGACGCGCGCGCGGGGGGCGCCCCCGCGGAGCCCCCGGGACCCGGCGCCGGUGAGGCCGGAGCGCCCCCACCCCUCUCUCCGAACCCCCCGGCGCUGGAGAUGAGGCCCCGGCUGCUGCCCGUGUUCUUCGGUGAGGGCAUCGAGGUGAACCCGGAACCCGCCCACGAGAUCCGCUGCAACUCGGAGGUCAAGUACACCUCGGAGAAGCACUUCCGGGACAACGUCGUCUACGGGCACGUGCCCACCGUCACGGCCUACAGCGAGACCAUCGUGGCCGCGCCCAACUGCACGUGGCGCAGCUACCGCAGCCAGCUGACCCUGGAGCCGCGGCCGCGCGCGCUGCGCUUCGGCUGCACCACCAUCAUCUUCCCGAAGCGCGCGCGCCGCUCCUUCCGCACCACCCUGCACUGCAGCCUGGGCCGCGCGCGCCGCCGCUUCACCGCCAGCGUGCAGCUGCAGCCCGGCGCGCCCCCGCCGCCCCCCGCCCCCGCGCCCCGCCCGCCCGGGCCCCCCGCGCGCUAG